GUUAUAGACCGAGUAGCGGCGCUCAGCGCAUUCAAUCAGCCGGAGUCCAGCAGUCAUCCCGCGGUCAGAGUAUUCUCGAUGGUCGGCUAAUUUACACCAUAAUUACCAGCCAACACUCCGGCCUGCGCGCAUUAAACCAGCAUAUCUCCAUUUAAAACGGAACGAGACAACGGAUUUAGUAAAAAGCGUGUAAUUUCGGGUCAAGUCUCCGCUGUAUCAUGCUUGGGAUUAAUUUUUGAGGGACUACGACCUGAAGAUAGCAUUUUCGGUGUGUGGAGCUUCAAAUCCGCUGUGGGACGAAGCGAGCGGUCAUACAACAUCUUCGUUAUCGGUUCGUGCGCAAUCGAGACACAAACCGAAGAGAGGUCAAAUAAAUACCACAGGAAGACACUGGACACUUGUUUACUACUGGUCACGAUGACAUCACUUCCUGUGCACCAGCUGUGCUUCCUGGCAAGCAGAUAGUAAAGGGAGCAUGCGCGAGUAGCAGGUUUCUGUGGUGGGACCGCAAGCUCCUCCCCUCAGCUGGAGCCCCUGUUCUAAAGGACACCAGACCCUUGCCCCACUGACCUCAGUUCAGCAGGUGUGAAAAUGAGGAAGUUUGCGUACUGUAAGGUGGUGCUGGCCACGUCUCUAGUGUGGGUGAUGCUAGACAUGUUUAUCCUGCUCUACUUCAGCGAGUGCAACAAAUGUGAUGACAAAAAAGACAGAGGAUUGCCGGGGAGAGACACUGUGGUUCAAAGGACUCAUGACGGCCCGGGGGAGAUGGGAAAACCAGUGGUUAUCCCUAAAGACCAUCAGGAGAAAAUGAAGGAAAUGUUUAAGAUAAACCAGUUUAACCUGAUGGCCAGCGAGAUGAUCGCACUCAACAGAUCCCUACCAGACGUCCGGCUUGAGGGGUGUAAAACAAAGGUGUAUCCGGACGGCCUUCCCCGCACCAGCGUGGUGAUCGUGUUUCAUAAUGAAGCGUGGACCACUCUUCUCCGAACGGUCCACAGUGUCAUUGAAAGGUCACCAAGACACCUGCUGGAGGAAAUCGUGCUGGUGGAUGACGCUAGCGAGAGAGACUUCCUGAAAAGGCAGCUGGAACAGUAUGUGCGGCAGUUGGAGGUGCCCGUCAGGGUGGUACGGAUGGAGCAGCGCUCUGGUCUGAUUCGUGCUCGAUUGAGGGGUGCGUCCAUCUCAACGGGUCAGGUGAUCACCUUUCUGGAUGCCCAUUGCGAGUGCACCACCGGCUGGCUGGAGCCACUGCUCGCUCGCAUCAAACUUGACAAGAGAACUGUUGUGUGUCCCAUCAUUGACGUGAUCAGCGAUGACACGUUCGAGUACAUGGCGGGUUCUGAUAUGACAUAUGGAGGCUUUAACUGGAAGCUGAACUUCCGCUGGUAUCCAGUACCACAGAGAGAGAUGGACCGCAGGAAAGGAGACAGAACUCUGCCUGUCAGGACUCCCACUAUGGCGGGUGGUCUCUUCUCUAUAGACCGAGAUUAUUUUCAGGAGAUUGGCACGUAUGAUGCUGGCAUGGACAUCUGGGGAGGGGAGAACUUGGAGAUUUCCUUCAGGAUCUGGCAGUGCGGAGGAACGCUUGAGAUCGUGACAUGUUCUCACGUGGGUCACGUGUUUCGUAAGGCCACUCCUUACACGUUCCCCGGUGGAACUGGGCAGAUCAUCAACAAGAACAACAGACGACUGGCCGAGGUCUGGAUGGAUGAGUUCAAGAACUUCUUCUACAUCAUCUCACCUGGUGUGACAAAGGUGGAUUAUGGAGACAUCUCGUCCAGAACAUCUCUGAGACAGAGGUUGCAGUGUAAGCCGUUCUCCUGGUACUUAGAAAACGUCUACCCAGACUCCCAGAUACCACGGCACUUUUAUUCAUUGGGAGAGAUCCGUAAUGUGGAGACUAAUCAGUGCCUGGACAACAUGGCAAGAAAAGAAAAUGAGAAAGUGGGCAUUUUCAACUGUCACGGAAUGGGCGGCAACCAGGUUUUCUCCUACACUGCCAAUAAAGAGAUCCGAACUGAUGAUCUUUGCCUGGAUGUGUCGAAACUCAACGGCCCUGUCAUGAUGCUCAAGUGCCAUCACUUGAAAGGCAACCAGCUUUGGGAAUAUGACCCAUUGAAGCUGAGCCUGGUACAUGUGAAUAGUAAUCAAUGUUUGGAUAAAGCUUCUGAAGAUGACAGUCAGGUGCCCAGCGUCAGGGACUGCACCGGGAGCCGCUCACAGCAAUGGCUGCUCCGCAAUGUCACACUGCCUGAGAUUUUCUGAGAUCACAGACACAAGCACACAGACAGACGGACGGACGGACUCUCACAGGUGGAGAGGAGAGAGAGGACAGCUUUUCUCUCGACUUCUGGCGGUCUGCCUUUAUUUGACCUAAACAAACAGAACUGCAUAUGUAUAUGAAUCUCCCAUCACUUCACCUUACUAUAGGGAAACGAACGAAAGAUGGAGAGAGAGACUCGUCCUAGAAAAAAAACUUGAGUUUGAUGUCCCUAUCCUCCUCAUUUGAGGAGUAGGGGCAUUUCGGUUAUGUUUACGAGAACGCCUCCCUUUUAGAGUAUCAUUGUGUGUUUUGUGUUAAGAAUGUGUGGGCCAGACUGUUUUCCAGGAGGAGUUUGCCCCUUUUUUUAAUUUAAUUAUGUUUAAAGCCUUUUAGAAAUGAAGGGUAUUUAGCACAUGAAGGAGAGGCUAAUUUGUGUGUCUGAGCGCAUGUGUGUGCAUGUCUUUGCGUGAAACUUCGAGUGCGUCACAUAUCAGGAUGGAUCUUCCUAUAUUGUUUGUGGACAUUUGCCCAAGCUUGGAAGCCUACUGGCCAUUGUCAAAUGCUGACACCUGUCAAUCAAUCUUAGUCUCAGCAAGUGGACAACCUACAAUCAAUCACUAAUCUACGAUCAGCAGCGGACAGGAUGAACAAUGAUGAGGGUUAUCAAGGACAUUAUAAAUGUUUCAUAUCAACAAUGUUUAGUUUUUUACACCAGUUGUACUUUUCUUGGUUUUUCCAAUUUGAGUGCCACAUCAAAGCACUUUCACUUUUAGGACUGUCAUCUCUCCCAAAGGUAUACAGGCAAUUUAAAGUUGACACAAUUUGAUACAAAAAAAAUGCUGUUUUGGUAUAUGGGUUGCAUUACCCCUAAUUAUACCAUGGGGCUGUUGAGUGCUUUAUUCUGAUUGGUUGAGAAAUGCUUUUCUGUAAAACGCACACCUAACCUGUCAAAUGUCUUACAAUAACCACCGGAGCAAUGUUUGUGGUACAUAAGCGGAUUGACUCCGGUCCUUUGAAUUAUAAAAAAAUAACUCCGCUUUAUGUCGUGCCACAUUACCAUCUUGGGUGUGCAUUAUUUUCAAAUAAUUCAACGGCCCGUCGUCAAUUAUUUUUUAUGUAUUUGGGUUCAUCAGGAGGAGAUGAAGCAUAUUUUGUCAUAUCAUUCUCCAACAAGGGCUUGGUGUCACUGUGUACGUGCACGAGAGAGAUGUUUUAAAUUUUUUUGUUUUAAUAUCUUUGUUUACUUUCAAAUUAUUUUUAACGCGUAUGUGGACACAUUCCUUUUUUAAUUCAUUGUGGCGUCUGAACAUGACCGCGUGGCCAGUAUCUGAAAUUAAAAGCUGCUUGCCACAUUUCAACCGAUGUGUUUUGGUCUGACAGCCUGAAGAGAUUUAUUCUGCGUUAUGUCCUACCUUUUAGAUUUAGCGAUUCACUUUGUAAAUUCAGUCACUCGGAUCUUUCGAGUCAUAUCAGUGGAAAAAUACGAAACCAAGACUGAAGUGUGCCUAUUGGCAAAGACAUGAGGACGAUUGUUGGACAAUAAGUCUUGAGUUUUGAUUUUUGUCUUUAAAAGUUCUUCACCCUGCCCAAAUACUUGAAAUGGUCUUGCGCUCCUCAUGUCCUGGUCUUUAUUCUCCAAGCUGUCUAGAGAGAAUGUGCCCUAUAUUUCACCUGCCCGGGCGUAAAAAAAAAUUUAAUGAUAAAAAUGUAAAGAUAUAGAUUCUAAUGAAGUACUCUAAACUGUAGUUUUGUAGUGUACUAAACUGUACAGUUGGUUGUAAAAGGUCAGCUUGACUGCAGAGGAGAUGAUGAUAACAAAGUAUUUGGACAGGACCGCAGUAUCAGUGUAGAGAUGUGUGAGCGUGAGUGUGUGUUUAUAUCUGUCAAAGGGAUGUCUUUUGUGUCUUGUUUUUAUUUGUUUGUUUGUUGUUAAUUUGUUUUUUUUGAUGAGAUUCUGGCCUGCUGACAGGUGGGUUAGAGAGCCCUGUGUUGAAAUGGUCCACAGGCUGGAGAAAUAAACCGCAGAAAGUUUACAGUCUAA